UUUUCGUUUGAUCUUAGAAAUAUCUACCAGAACAACAUCAAAGGUGGAUUUUUCCUUCCUAAAAGCGUAGUAAGACUGUAAGUUCUAGUUUUUCAAGGUUUUUUUAUUCUAAGCUACAAAUCAGAAGUAUGCUCAACAAUCCAUACAAAUUUCAUCUCCACCAAUAAAAAAUACAUAUGACAUAAUGACUCAUGAAUACCGCGUUUUGAGUGACCUAUCCUCUCCGAAACUGUCUUAAAAUGCGCCAAAAACUCGGUUAUGUUCGCUGUUAUAUUGAAUCAUUCCCAGCAAACCUGGCAAUUUAUCGAUGACGUAAAAAGCAAUUCUAGUUCUCUUUUUUACCAUCCUCUGGACUCAGACCUGAAGACUUUGCUGUAAAAAGCGCAGUGGCUUGUUAAGGAUUUUCGUGUAUGUCCAAUUUGCUGAGUUGUUUUUCAGACUCUUUUCAAAAUGGUGGUCAGGAAUCCAAAGAGGAAGAAAAUUUGCGAAUUUUUAGGCCACUCUCAGCUUUGGAAUCUCAGUCGGGGAAAGUUGUAACAGCGAGGAUAAAAAGUAUCAGCAUACGUCUCCUUUAUGUAACUCGAAAAUAGGAUUUUAAGAUUUACUUUGCAUCAAAUUUGCUUAAUUUUUAUCCUUAUUCUAAAGGAAGCACGUAAGAUUUUUCAAGCCCGCCUGAAAAUUCAAAUUAAGAGUUAAGCCUCUACCACGCAUUACACAACAUUCUGAGUCUGAUGGCUCACGAGAAUGCGUUGACACGAUCAAUUGAUGUCAAAAUCGAUGCAUGUGCGUUUUCUCUCGUUUUCGUUAAAUUGAUCAAGAUGUAAAGCAAAAACUACUUCUGUCGACCUCGAUAAGAGAUUUCCGAACCCUUUUAUGAAAAUAAACCUUCAUCCCUUUAUUUGUUUACAGACAGAUGUCUAACAACGACCUAACGUUGGACGACAUGAAAGAGAUUUUGCAAAAUUCUAAGAAUAUCACUUUCCUGUAAGUGUGUGCAUCUUUUAUGGAAAAUAUACUCAUUUUAUGAAGCAUGAGAAGAGUCUUACUUUUCACUGCGUUAGUUAUUGUUGUGGAGUCCAGGUCCGAGUGCAAGCACUCGAUUAAUUGAAAGUAUGUAGGGAUAUCGGCUAGGCGUUGGAGAAACCUGAAGAAUUACAAGGGGGCUACCACAAAGUUAUCACUCAGUACUCUCUUCUCUAAAGCCUGGUUUUCCUACAGCAUAAGCUCAAGUGCAAGCACAAACGUUAGGCAAGCAUAACAACUCUUUUUUCACCUUGAAAAUUACCUCGACGCUAGCAUAAACACAAGUGGAAGCAAGAGAUCAGAUUUUUUCCUUUGUCUUGUGCUUUGCACUUUUGCUUUCAUCAAAGCCAUCAUACGAGCUUUCAAGUUUGCACUUGCGCUUGCGUCGCCUAGUGAGAACCAGGCUUACGUCUCUUACGUACGCUCUUCUCUACAUACAUACAUACAUACAACCUUUAUUUAUGUGUCAAAUCUAAAAUAGCAGUUAUACAACCACUAACUGGGGACACUAAAUACUACCUAAAAAUUUGAGAAAUUUAAAAAUAAAACAAUAUAUAUGUACAAUUUAAAAUCUAACCUAAGUCUUACAUAAAAGGCAGUUUUCACAUUUACUAUCAGUCAAUUUAGAAACAAGGUCUAUUCUACGUAUGUUACAUUUAAAAGAUGAUAUGGAUGUCAGUUCUCUUACAUUUCUUGGUACAAUUGCCCAUAUUUUGGGUCCCAUAUAUCUAAGCGAAUGUUUUCCAAAAGUGACAGUAUUAAAUCUAGGUAUACCAAAAUCAUUAUUACGCAGUGUGUACCUAAGUUGUGGAAUUUGAAAAAGGCUACAUAUGUAAUUAGGAGAUAAAUUGUUCUUUACCUUAUACUGGUCACUAAUCUUUGGAAGGUAGGUAGUUCAGACGUUCAUAUGAUUAAUAUCAUCUAGCUUCACUUGAGUCCAAUAUUUAAACAUGAUGAAAGACUUAUUUUAAGGCUAAUUGCUAUUCUUUACACAUUAUUAAAUCCUCGCAGAGACAUUUCAGAUAACCCCCUUGGACCUAACUUAACUGCAGACAUUUUCGCUGGUUUUGACAGGAUCCUGUAUUUGUAA